AAUGUUGUCUCAAGAAACUCAUUUACUUUUGUUGUUACCAAGCUUUUCCAAGCAAAGGUGAAAAACUUACUUUCACCAUAUUACUCUAGGCAUUUAUGGAAGAACAAAGACCAUGGAGUUAGAAGCUCCACCCUGUGGCCCGAAUAUCCCCAAACAAGAUUGGGGAGAUGGCUUAGUGGUUCACAUGUCUGUCAUGCAAGCUCAAUGACCUAAGGUCACAUCUCCCAUACCCAAGUCAAAAAAGCUGGCAUGGCUGCACACAUCUGUCACCCCAGCACCGGGGUGGAUGCAGGAGGAUUCCUGGAUCUCACCAGCCAAGGCGGUCAAGCGUGCACACAUUUUUUGUGUGUGUGUGUGUCUACCUGCACAAAUCUGUGCACACAAAUAAACAUAUGUAUGCACACGAGACCCAUAAACAUAUAUCAUAUUAUCACAGGUCAGUUAUGGUUAUUUGUGUCUCUCAAGGAAUGCGUUCAUGGUGUCCAUUUGGCAAAAUUUGUCCAUAUGUCUGUGUAUUGACAUAAACUUGUUUGUGCCUCUUUUUUUUCACCUGUAGAAUUUGUUGCUAUAUUUUUAAGCUUGCUGUUCUAUUAUGUGCAAGCAUGCUGUGUAUGUGUGCACGUGUGCGUGCACAUGUGCGCAUUUGCCUGUGCUCACCCACGUACAAGCUGCAGAAUAACUUUGGGCGUAUUCCUCUUUUGCUGUCUAGCUUAUUUUUUUGAGUAAGGGUCUUUUGCUAAACCUGGAACCUACUGGUUCAUCUGGUCUAGUGGUUCUCAACCUGUGGGUCAUGACCUUUUUGGGGGCAUGGAAUGACCCACUCACAGGGUCACAUAUCAGAUAUACUACAUAUCAGAUUUUUACAUUAAGAUUCAUAACAGUAGUAAAAUUACAGUUAUGAAAUAGCAAUGAAAAUAAUUUUAUAGAUGGGGGGUCACCAUAGCAUGAGGGCUGUAUUAAAGGGUUGCAGCAUUAGGGAGGUUGAGAACCAUUGAGCUAGACUGUCUAGCCAUUGCGCCCCUAAGAUCCACCUGUCUUUUCAACCCCAGAAUUGUGGCUAUAAAUGUAUGUCACAGUGCCUGGUCUUUGUGUGGGUGCUGGAGAGCUGAACUCAGGUCUUCAUGCUUAAUACCUUGCACUUUGCCCACUAAACUGUGACUUCAAAGCUGUUCCUUUAUUUCUGAUACUGGCAGUUACCACCUGAUUUGUAUUCUUGAAUUUCCUGGUUAGAUGUUUUGAAUUUCCCUGGUGUCAAACAUCCAGUGUUGGUUUGACACUUUUCUUAGCUACACUGUUUCUAUCCUUUGGUUUGGUUGGACUUGGUUCUCUCUAGUUUAUUGACAUAAAAGCCUAUAUCAUUGUUUUGAAAUCUUCCCUUAUUAAGCAGUUUUAAAGUCAUGUGUUUCCUCGUCAGACCCAUGUUAAGAGAAUCCUAUUGUCCUAUCUUUUUUGUUUGUUUGUUAUUUUUUCUGGACAGGGUCCCGCUGGCUUUGAACAUGGCUAUGAUGUGGUCCUUCUGCCUUCGCCUCUUGAACACUGAGAGAACAGGUGUGUGCCACCAUGUUGGCUCUUAGAUUUUUGAUAGGUUAUAUUUUCAUUAUUGCUUAGCUCAAAACAUUUUCUAAUAUCUCUGGUUUGUUUAUUUAUCUAUUUUUGAGCCUUAGAAUUCUUUAGCAAUGAACUGAAUUCCAAAUAUUUGGGAUUUCUCUAGUUACUCCGAUUGUUUCUUGAUUUCUAACAUCACUUCGCUCUGACAUAGAGAACACAUUUUGUGUACUUUGACUCUUUUUAACUUUUAUUUGUUUUAUGACCCUAAAUAUGGUCUGUGCUAAUAAACAUUCCUUGUAUAAUUGAAGAGAAUGUUAAUGCAGUUGAGUGAUAUGUUAAAGUCUACCAUAUUUUUGAUGCAUUUUGCCUGAUUUUCUCCAUCAGUUAUUGAUUAAAGUAUGUUGCAAUCUUUACCUCUACUUAUGUGAUUUAUUUUUUCUUUAAAUCUAUCAACUUUUGUUUUGUGGGUUUGAAUGCUUUCCUUCCUGUUCAUUGUCUUUUUCAUUGUUAUGAGGUCUGCGCUUGGCCUCAGUUGCUGUGUCUUGUCUUGAUGACUGCUUUAUAGGCUAUUGAUAGUGCCACCAUGGUCUGCUUUUGCUGAUUGUGUGUGUGAUAGAUUUUCCACCCAUGUCUUCCCAACAUUCUAGACUUUACUUCCUAGGUUUGUUUGUUUGCUUCAUUUAGAAUUUAGUGGUUGAGCUGGAGUUUCGCUCUGUUGUCAGGGUGCUUACCAUCUGUGCAUGAACUUUGGGGUUCAGUCACCAGCGCUGAACAAGCUGGGUGUGGUAGCCCAGGCGUGUGACCCCAACACUUGAGGACACAAGAAUCUUAGAAGUUCAAGGUCAUCCUUAGCUAUGGAGACAGUUUUUAGGGAAAAAAAACCUACAAAUGGUUGCUUUAGCAAUGAUAACAUACAAUUAAUUUACAAUAGUUUACAAAAUAUAAAUGUGCUGAUUGUAUAAAAAUCUUGUUCAUGUCUUUGUUUUAUAAUUGUUUUUUGUAAUAUAAAUAUAUAUGUUACCUGUUCCCCCAAAGCAACAUUAUAAGUUUAAUUUUUAAGUUACGUAUUUAGUAAAGAAAUUAGGAGAAAAAGAAGUUUAUUUUUGUUGUUUUAUCAAAAUAUUCCAUUUUUGAGAGGCUCUGUCCCUCUCCCUCCCCCUCUGCCUCUCUCCCUACCUCUCUUUCCUUCCCCCUCUCCCUCUCUCUGCCUCCCUCCCUCUGCUUCCCACCCCUUCCUCUUCCCCUCUCUUUCCCUUCCUUCAUCCAUUCCUUGCUUUCUUCCUUUUAAACUGGGAAGUUACUUUUCCUUCUUCCCAUGAAGAUUCAAGUUUCCACGGGAAGUUGCUGGUUGUUUUGUUUUGUUUUUAUUUUUGUUUUGUUUUGUUUUGUUGUAUAAAUCUGCUUGUGACCAAACCUUUAAACAUCUUUUUAUCCAAAGAGAUCUUUAUUUUGCUCUUAACCUUUCAUAAUAGUUGUUUUUUCUGGAUUCUGCAUUCUGAUUUAUCAAUUUUCUUUUCAGUCGAGAUGCCAUUGCAUCUGUCCCUCCCUCGUGGUUGCAGGGGGCAUCAGCAUUGCCUGGUGAAUGCUGGACUUUAUGGAGUUUAUGCAAAGUUAAUGGAGUUGGUGCUAAGUUCUUUUUGUCUCGGGGCUUUCAAGGCUGCUUUAUCUUCGUUUUUUUGUUUUUUGUUUUUUUUUUAAACCAGUCCAGGGACCGUGCGUUUUCCACUGUCGUGGGUUACUCCUGUGUGUGUAUUGUAUCUGAAAAUGUCUGUCUUUUAGCAAAUCUGGGAGCUCUUUCAUGACUAGUGCUUCAAAUGCUCCUGCCUAUUGCUUCUAUUGGCUCCCUCUGAUGGGCUCACUAAACAUGCAUCCUGUUCUCCAGCGUUAUCUAGCAGGCCUCCGAAGUUCUGCACCCCCACCCCCAAUCCUUUUCUUAUUUUUCACCUAGGACACUUUCUAUUAAUCAUCCCUCUGUUUUGUUAUGUUCAGCUGCUUAGCCCAUCUGGUGAUUUUUUUUUUUUGUCCCAAUACGCAGUUUUAUUUUUCAGCUCUAGAAUUUUGAUCUUGUCUUUCUUCUAUUUACUUUUUUUGAAAAGGAAAUUUUAAAUUUUGCCUCCCAUUGUUGUGUCUGUGUGAGUGGUUGCGUGGAGGUCAGAGGACAGCUUUCGAGAGCUGGCUCUCUCUCUCCCCGUCGGCUCCGAGAGCUUCUGUCUGCCUCACCAGCCCUCUUUUGUUCCCUUUUUCUGUGGAGACUUCCCAUUUCUCUGAUGAGAGUUUUAUGCACGGCAAGUGUGUUGUAUUUCAUCUAGGACAGGUGUAGGGAUGGCACUGAAAUCUGUUUUAGUUUUUGACAGUUGUUUCUUUUCAGGGUUGAACUAGACUGACUUCCUUUUCUUCUGAGAAUAUGUCGUUAUUCUGUUUCUUUGUUCGGUUUAUUUGAAGCAUUGCUGGAUCUCAUGAAUACUAAGUUGUGAAGACUUUGAAUUUUCUUAUUUCCUGCCGAUGAAUGUUGUUUAUUUGGUAGGUCAUGUUUUUUUUUUUUUCAGUUGGAAUUGACUUGCAAUCUUCCUUCUCAAUCUCCCACUCUCUAUUCCUUUUCUGUUUUUAAUUACGACAGGGUCUUACUCUGGAAUCCAGACUGGUCUGAAACUCAUUCUGAAACCAAGGCUGUCCUUGAACUCAUGACAGUCACCCUGCCUCAGCCUCCCAAGUGCUGGGCAUGAUCCACCCAACUCUACUUGAAUGGCGGACUGUCUUGUUCUCUCAGCAGUUUCCUGAUCUAUGCAGCACUUUAGCCUCUAGGUGAGCCACCCUUUGCCUGUUUCCCAGAGGACAGUGAGAGACUAGACACCUAGGGUGUGAGGAUUGUGAGGUAGGUGUCUAAGGCUCCAGGCCUGCCUCUCCAACUUUCUCCCCUUACAGUUCUGCCACUUGUCUUAGCAUUUACAGUUUGCCAACUUUCUUUUUCUAAUCCCUCAGUCCAGAGAGACUGUGAGUUUUUCUGUCUGUCUGUACAGCGUAGACUGUCUCCUAGAGAUGGGAGCUGACUUCCUGCCUUCUUCUCUCAUCCUCCUUGGAAACUUUAGCCCGAUGCUGUUCUGUUGCUUUCUUACUUGUGCGAUCUAAUCUGUCUGUCUGUCUGUCUGUCUGUCUGUCUAUCUGUCUGUCUGUCUACCUGUCUAUCUGUCUAUCUAUGUCUAUCUAUCAAUCUAUCCAUCUAUCAAUCAAUCUAUCUAUCUAUCAUCUAUCUAUCUAUCUAUCAUCUAUCUAUCAAUCAUCUAUAUCUAUCUAUCUAUCAUCGAUCGAUCUAUCUAUCUAUCUAUCUAUCUAUCAUCUAUCUAUCAUCUAUCAAUCUAUCUAUCUAUCUAUCCAUCUAUCAAUCUAUCUAUCAUCUAUCUAUCUAUCUAUCUAUCUAUCUAUCUAUCUAUCUAUCAAUCUGUCUAUCAUGUAUGUAUGUAUGCAUGUAUGUAUGUAUGUAUGUAUGUACGUAUGUAUCUAUCUAUCUAUCUAUCUAUCUAUCUAUCUAUCUAUCUAUCUAUGGAGAGAGGCAGGCUUCUUGGUAGAGGUUUGUAUGAUCAUAACCAGAAGUCACUUUGCUUCUUUUUAAUUUUUAAGACUCUCAGGGUGGGAGGGUAAGUGAGAUUGCUCAGUGGGUAAAGAUACUUCUGGAGCAAACUUGGUGCUUGAUCCUUGGAACACACAGAAAGGUGGAAGGAGAGGACCAACUCCGUAAAGUUGUCCUCUGACAGCCAGAGGGAUGCUCUGGUACAUUUGCCCAGAAACACCUCUCUCUCACUGUCUCUGUCUCUGUCUCUCUCUGUGUGUGUGUCUCUGUCUCUCUGUCUGUCUCUCUGUCUCUCUGUCUCUCUCUCUCUCUCACACCAAUGAAACAUGAAUAAAAGGAAUUUCUCUUUUCACGCUUUACUUAAGCAUGGUCCUUUGUACUUUUUAGUCUUACAUUUUGACUGAUGUAAUUUUGACUGAUGUAAUUUUCAGCAUUAAAAUAUUUACCUUAUUUUUCUCUCAAGAGUUUUUUGCUUUUCUUUUUGUUAUGUCUCUUUUAUCUGGUCACCUAAAUCUAGUAUUUUUUAACAACACAAAUGUAGCAGGUUUCUUAAUUAUUUUGAGCUUGUUUAGAUAUAUUAAAGUGUGCUGUAGGUUUUAUCUGCUUAAUGGACAGACCUUGCUGCUUCUUUGCUGUUAAUGAUUUGUUUUUGAGUUGGUAACAUUUAUAUGUACAAUAUAAACUUUAAAAAUUAUAUUGCGGGGCAUUUAACAAGAGCUGCUUAGCAAAUAUACUGCCGCAUUCAUUUUCCCUAUGACUUACUCUCUUCUUAUUUUGAAUUUGUUAUGAUAUUCUGUUUUGUUAUUUAUACACAUUAAUAUAUGGUAUUUUCUGUUACUCAGUUUUUAGGUUAAGUAAGUGUUCUGAGUGGUUCUUUCGUUUGCUUUUUAAAAAUUUAAAAUUAUUCUUUAUUAUUUUGUUUCUUGAGACAGGGUUUCUCUGUAGGCCCCGGCUGUCUUAGAAUUUGUUUUGUAGAUCAGGUUGACAUUGAACUCACAGUGAUCUGCCUGCCUCUGCCUCCUGUGUGCUACGAUUAAAGGCAUACGACACCUCUGCCCUGCUUAAAAUUAUUCUUAAUUAUGUGUAUACACGCAUGUCCCUUUGUGGUUUUGUAUGUGUGAGUGCGGGAACCCUCAGAACUUAAGAGACAACGGGUUCCCCUCAAGCUGCCUGACUUGGGCGCUGGGACCAGAAAUGGGGUCCUGCGGAGGAACAGUAGCUACUCGUAGCCACCCACACGUCUCUCUCCGGCCCCAUUUGUCCUCUUCUGCCCUUGUCUCUUCUGAGUUUCCCUUUUGCCUCCUUUGCUUUACUUCCUCUUGUCCGCCCCCUCCAGGCCCCCACUUCCGCUUGUGCUCCCAUCCCCACCGCCAUUCCCCUCGCCCCCUCCAGUGCCUUUACACUGUUCCACCUUCAUGUCUUUCCCAGUGUUUCUGCCUCAGUGUGAGCUUGAUUCUGAGGGAGGGUUUUGGCUUGUGAGUGCUUGGGAAAUCUGCCUCUUUGCAUUGAGCUCUUACCACACGAAUAGCCCUUCUCUGCCCAAAGGCUCUUUUCAGAUGUGUCGACUACAUUUUCAGUAGAACUUACUGACCAUUGCCGAGGACCGCCGACUUCUCUUUCGUGUCUGCUCUAUGAAUGCUGAUGACCUAUACACGUGUAGCUGUCAUCAUCUUGUGUUUAACCUAUGCAUUUGGUUUGGGGGAUAACCUCUUCCCUGCUUUGCUAUACAUUGUCAGAGAUCUUUGCUGUUCUUAUCCCCAUGGGCUUGCCUGGUUUUAAUGGAAAACACUCUGGGUAUUGCUGCCGUGACCCUCUUCCCAGAACCCUCUUCCUCUUGUGACAUAUUUCAGUGGACUCUCUGGACACUCAAGUCUUUUUCUCUAAGGUUUAAUACCAUUUCUUGGCUAGAUGGCAGUUGUCUUUAGAAGUAGAUUUGUGUCUGAUCACUUACUCCUGUUUCUGGGGCCAAGGUGGCCACAACAGCCCUUCAUUCUUUAAUAAAAGAAUGAUCCACAAAGCUUGUGCAGGAAUCGCUUGUAUGACUGCAUCUUGCUUAUACCACCAGGUCUUGCUUGAGUUGUCUAGUAUAGGUUUGGGUAACACAUACUCAGCAUGGAAUAUUGAAGAGGAGCCAGGGAACAAUGACCAGGACAAUUAGGAAAAUAUGUUUAUGGCGAGUGAGGACAGAGUCACAGGUAGGUACACAGAAAAUCCAGAAAUGUUGUCUUCUAAUGAACAUGUCAUUGUAUGCUCCCUCUUAUAUUAUGAGAUAGACUAAUGCAGUCUUUGGGGCAUGGCCUGAAUUCAUCUUUGAGAGCCCCUCUUUUGGGAAUAACUAAGCAAGCCAAUAAGUUUUAAAGCCCGUGCUUGGGCCUUUGCAGUGUAGUGGCAUGAGAAAGUUGCAUUGGAUUUUUUUUUUUUGUUUAAGCUUGCUUUUCACCUUUAGUGCUUAGGCAUAGCUCAAAAUAGAACACUUCUGUGGGGUAAAUGAGUGUCCUUAGCUGUUUGAGGACAUUGUGGAAGAGGGUAGGAACUUCACUGGCUUAAGAACAGAUGAAAAUCAGGACCAUGCUUGCCCAGGCAGUGCAUAUUGGGUUAAAAACACAGUAUAUUGGGUAUGGGGACUCUUAGUGAUGGCAAUCUUAGCCAGUCUUUUCUUAGCUAUACUCCUCUGACCUUGGCAGGUUACUAUCCAUAUAGGAUGCACUACCGGGUCUUGGUCCUCUCAGUAGAAAGGAUGCACCCACAAAUGUCUAAACACACCAUGGGCUCAAUUUGUAAUUUGCCUGAACACAUACUUCUGCUUUGGUAAUCGUUUGUAUCUGGGAUUUUGAAUGAAUUGCUUCAUUCUUGUCUUGCUUGUGGUACUGCUCUUGAAGGGUCCAGAGCUAUUUGAUCUUUCCUAAGCACUGCAACAUGUUGAGAAAUAUCGAGGUGCGUAUAGAAUCUUUUCUUUGUUUCUAGUUUCUGACAUCUUGUAGUGCUAUACUCUGUCUACUCUUCUUCGUUGUGAUGGGACCCUUUAAACAUUUAUUAUUAUCAUCAUUAUCAGUGUAUGUAUGAUGUGUUUAGGGGCACACGGGCCAUGGUCACAGGACUGCUUUGUGUGUUCAGCUCUCUCCUUCCACCUUUACCUGGGUCCUAAGGAUUAAACUCGGUUCCCAGGUUUCAAUGGUAAGCGCCUUUACCUGCUGAGCCACCUUGCUAGUUCAUGAUGGGUCCUUUUAAUCUGCUUUUACCUAAACAUUCCUUAAUUUCAUUUAGUGGCUUCACCUCCUCUGCUUUUUUGCCUGUUUGUAUGCCUUUUCUGGCACUUCUAGUCUAAGUUCAGUUUCCUGGAUCUACCGUUUUUCCCUCACUUUGUGCCCCUUUUUGCUGUACGUGGGGGGAAUUUUCCCAACUUUUAGUCUUGCUGUUGAUUAUUUCUAAAAUGAUGUUUCAAUGUUCAAUAGCUCUGUUUCCUUGUCAUUUUCUGGGUGUUAUUUUUGGAAAGCUCACCAAUGUUUAUUUAUAACUAGAGUGCUGUCCUUGGUGAUAUUUAGAACAUUUUUUUGAUUUGUUUAUCUUAUGUGUAUGAGUGUUUUGUUUGCAUAUACGACAUGUAUGUCUGGUGCCCACAGGGGCCAGAAGAAGGUGUUGGGUCCUUGGGACUGGAGUUACAGAUAGUUGGGAACCACCAUGUGGGUGCUGAGGAUUGAACUCCGGUCCUCUGGAAAAACGGCCAGUGCUCUUAACCUCUGAGUCAUCUCUUCAGCUCCUUAUAGCAGUUUUUACUUGAUCAAUCAAUCAAUCAAUCAAUCAAUCAAUCAAUCAAUCAAUGUGUGUGUGUCUAUGGUGUAUGGGUGUGUGUGGAGGGGUGCAUUCACCUAUGUAUGCCCGUAAAGAGGUGAAGGUCCAACUUCAAGGUUGUUCCUUUAUCUCCAGCUUGUUCUUUAAGACAGCAUCUCAUGGAGCUGAGAGCUUGUCAUUUUUGUCUAGAAUGUCCAGGCAGUGAGCUCUAUAGAUCUACUUGUCUCAGCCUCCCAACCCCAAGGAACCAGUCUUGUGACACCAUCCCAGGCUUUGAGUAGGUGCUUAGGAUCUGAACUAGGAUCCUCAUACUUUACCUGUGUAAGUACACACACACACACACACACACACACACACACACACACACACAGAGUUUCUUUUUCCACUUAGAUUUCCAUUCCUCCAGGUAAUUUCCCAUUUCUUCUGCCCUGCCUUUUCUUUAUGUGGCUGCCUGUGCAUCGUUGUCCAUUCGGAUUUAGGGUUGGAUUAAGAUGCUGAAGUAGCAUGCUGGUGGACCAUUGACUAGAGGAUCCCUCGAGGUCACUGUUUUUAGGUCAGAUUUAUAGGAGGCAAGGAGCAAAGGCAGACCUGCAACCUCUAAUCUGAAGGUCGAGGAUGUUGGAUGCUGAGAUUGAGGGUUGGCUUAGCAUUGUGGUCCUCGUAGUUCAUUUAGCUGGCUGAUCGCCUUGGCCUUUGUAGAUUACCCCUAUCUUCAGAUGUGCAUGGUUUCCACUAGAGUUCUCAGAUGCAUGGUUUUGCUAGGUAGCAAGCUUCCGCUCUGCCAGGUUGGAAGAGGAGUCCUGCCAGAGAUGUUAAGUACAGGAGAUGAUUUAGCCUUCUGAUGACUCCUAACAGUUCUCCACCGUAUCUUUAAAAACCUUGUUUUGCCUCCUGUCCUUUUCCCUCAUCUGUAGAUGCAGAGUUCUGUGGUGUGGCCAGUGUGCCUUAGGGAAUUCUAAGAUGCACAUUCAUUUUCCUCCUCUUUGCUGCAGCUGUCCUGGGAUCCAACUUCCUCCAGCUUGCCAAAUCACACGCUUUUUCCUACCUAUUAGCUUCCAAGAUCUCCAGAUUCUAUUCGUUUGCAUCUCCUUCUUUCUUCUCUCUUUCAUAUAUAUACACACACACACACACACACACACACACAUAUACACACACACACGUAUAUGUAUACAUAUAUAUGUAUAUAUGUAUGUAUAUCUCCUUCCUUACAUUUAUUUAUAAUGAUAUAUAUAUAUGUAUAUAUCCUUACACUGUAUGCAAGUGACCUUUCACUGAGCAUGAUAAAUGACAUUCAGGUUGCAGUCAUAAUUCAGACCCCCCUUCCCCGCCCCGCAGGUCUAGUGUCAUCUCAUCUUCUAAGACUUACUUAAGAAUCAUCUCUUCGGAGAGCCGGUCCCAAAGUCACUCUGUGCAGAAGAGAUACCUUCACUUUGUCGUCAAUUUCUGUUUUAGCCCCUUAUAUAGUUCUUUAUAGACCUUUAAAAACACUGUCUUGUUUUUAUUCAUGUCUUGUUCUUUUCUAGCUGUGCAUGAGGUUGAAGGUGAGGGUUGUCUUGCGUAUGGUUGAACCUUGAUGGACGCUUGCUGCCCGAGGGAAAGAACAAAUUAUAUGUGGACGGCAUGCAUUUUUAAAACUGACAACAAUUUCCUCAGUUUUCUUAUCUUUAAAAAAAACAAGGAGAGAGAAAUAAAGCCAGUGCCUGCCUCGAUAGAAUUGUCUUGAAAUUUACAAGAGUCAAAUGGGCAAAGUGCUCCAGACACUGCCUGGUACAUAGGGAUGGUACAGAAAUGCUUAUGUUUCUUAAAAAUGGUCCCCAAUGAGCUGGGCUCUUCUAUUUAAUAGGUGUUCAAUUUUGGUUGAGUGAAUCUCCCUGCAGGGUGGUGUGUGGUAGUCGUGAAUGUUGUAUUGUCUGCUCUGAAUCAUGGCACAUCUGAAUUUUUAACUCCAGACUGAUCGUGGCUCUCCACUUGGACUUGGGCAUUGUCAUGGAAGAUAGCUUGCUUCCACAGGAAAGUGGGAUCCCACAUAUUCCCAGUGGUUGUCCACAUGGCCAGGUGUUUGCAGACUAUGGUGGCUGCAGUUCAUGUUCUUAUUUAGACAAUUUGGGAAGCUCUUAUCUUCUUAGGGAGCAGAGUUGAUUUUCAGCAGCGUUAUUUUCCUUUGAAAGCAAAUGAUACGCAAGGGUGGCCUUCAUUUCUCUCCUGUCCAUCAUGCUGGGGAAGUGAAGGCAGCAGAAGCCUGAAGCAUCUGGUCAUGUUGUGUUCACAUCAGGCAGCAGAGGUAUGAACGCUGGGCUGCUCAGCCCCCUCUCCACUUAUAGACCCCAGGAUCCCCUGCCCUAGGAACAGUCUUAGCCACAACUAAGACCUGGGUCUUCCCACCAGCAUUAAUUUAAUCAACAUUAUCUCUCACACACAUGCUUACCAUCUAGGUGGCUCUAUUUUUUUUUAAAUCAAGCUUGCUCUAACCCUGACAGUGGUUAGCAAUUCAGAUUUUUUUCUUGACUAUUUAACCUUGCUGUAGAAAUGUAAAGAAUGUCAGUAUUAUGUUAUCUCUGAAGUGAAUUCUACUAAAGGUCUCUUAAAACUCUAGUUUUUUUUUUCUUUUCUUUUUUUUUUUUUUUAAUUAGGGAGAAACGCCCAAUUUAGCAGAGAGAUUAUAGUGGUUUUUUUUUUUUUCCUUAGAUUUAUUUAUUUUAUGUAUGUGAGUACAUUGUAGCUGUCUUCAGAAGAGGGUGUCAGAUCUCAUUACAGAUGGUUGUGAGCCACCAUGUCAUUGCUGGGAAUCGAACUCAGGAUCUCUGGAAGAGCAAUUCAGUGCUCUUAACCACUGAGCCAUCUCUGCAGUCUGAGAUUAUAGCAUCUUGUAGUGUCCGUUCAAUAGAUCUGCAGUUGUGGAUUUGAGCUGUUAUGGAUAGACCGGUAGCUGUUGUCUUUUCUCCCACGAAACCUCAAGCAUGGUAUUCAGGUGUCUUGUCACAUCACUUAGGGCCUACAACGGUUGAGUCUUUGAGUGAUGCUUUGGAAGGUGGUUAGAAACAGGGCUUCAGAUUCCUUCAGGGUGAAAUUUUGAUCUGUGGAAGCUGCCCAGUUACUUUCAACCCAAGUGCCAUAAUCCCAAGUGUUGUGUUAGAUGGGAUGGGAACCUGUUCCUUUCAGCGCUCCCUGACCAUCAACCCUCUGGUCUAAGGAAACGCAUCUCCUGAAUUACUCUCUCCACCUUACAGAGAGGUAAAUCUGACUCACAGAGUUCUUAGUUCAAGCCCUCCUGACCAGCAGAGCACCAGGCACUGACUUAGCAACCUUGAGUAAGUGGCUUGUCCCUCUCUAAUUGCAAAUGUCUCGUUUCCAGCAAGGGGAAUGUUUCUGUGUUUAUGUUUUCUCCCCACAUAUGACAAGAGGUUCAUUUAUGACUUACAGAUUCAUAUGUGAAAGCUCCCUGUGUGGCUUUAAUCAGCUGCCCUGGGCCAUAGCUGGUUCUAGCGUCUCCUACUAGGUGGUGUAACAGAAAACGGCUCUCUGGUUUACAUCUCUUGCCACUUCAGGGUGACCCACUGAGCUCUGUCAACUACAGUCUUCUCACUGGAAAUGUGGCAGUAAGAGAGUCAUUAUUUUCAUGUUUACUAGCACUGUGCAGUGCACAUCAGAACUGAGAACAAUCAUUGCACUUUUCUGUGACCUUCUAGAGGACGGGGUGGGGUGGGGUGAGGGUGGGGUUGUGCAUCAGUACCUCAAAGUUUUUAGUUAAUCAAUGUCUGUUAAAUGAAUGAGUACACUCAGGUCUUCUACUUUAUAUCCGCUUUGCUGUGUAAUGUUUAAAAUCUCCCUAAACUUCCCAUGUCUUCUUCUUCUUAGUUUUACACCUUAAAUGCUCAAAACCUAACUCAACGAUGUUUGUGGGAAUGUUUUGAAGAAUGUCAAUAAUUAAACACACACAGUGUUUUGUGGUGGUGGUGGUGGUGGCGGGGGGGGGCUGGAGUUCUUUGAUGAGGAUGUUCUUUGUUGGCCUUUCUUGUCUGCCGAAUGUGCCAGGUAGAGCUGGCCACCUGGAACUUAAAUGGACUGAAGAAUAUGUGUGUGAGGGUCUGGAGGAGCCUGAUGAGGUGGUGUGUGGCAUCUGACAUCUUUGGACUGCUUGGGCUGGCUGUCUGUCUGUCUGUCUGUCUGUCUGUCUGUCUCCUUUGCCCUUACUCUUCCUGCAUACCUUUUGUGAGGGUUUGCUUUUCAGCAAGGGUGACCUUCCUUUAAGGGGGGAGUGGCAUUCUUUGAUCCAGGAUUUGCACAGGAUCCUGCAUCCCCAGGAGAGUUCUCAGGCAAUGGUUUGUGGCUUUGUUUCCCCCUUCCAUUUUAAUAUUUGAAUAUCUUCACUAUUAAUGACAUUUGUGUAUUCUCUUCUGUUUAAAGGGCAGAACUAAUACCUAGGGAAGGGGAAGGGAGGGAGGGAGGGGGAAGGUCUGUAGUAGCCAAUUAGAACUGUAACGUUCUUUUAUUGUAUGCCGGUCACAGUGAUGCUGAAUUGCUGUAUGCAACCCCUGAGAUAAAAAACAAUUGCCCUCAUUGUAUAGAUAAGGGAAUUAGCACUGACUGAAGUUCAUUGCCUUGUCCUCGUUUUCACAGCUAGUACAUAGGGAGCCAGAAUUCAAGCGAAAACUGGUAUCUACAUGCUUUUCUCAUUACCAUGAUAGAAUAGCUGACAAAAGCUACUCAAGGGAGGGGAGAUUUAUUUUGGCUUCUGGUUUAAAAUGAACCCCAGGUCAUCAUGGCAGGAAAUGCAAAGUGACUGGUUUGGUUGUUGGCAGCCAGUGUGCACAGGGAAGGCAUGUCACAGAUAUAAGACUGGAAGGUUGAGAGUAUAGGAAAGGAGUCAGGGGCAUGUGUCCCUUCCAAAGGCCACCUUUGGGGUCCCAGUUCCACCAGUCAGACUCCUCUUCCAAAGAGCUGCUGCAGCCUGGGGAGCAAGUAUUCAAACUAUGAGCCUGUAGCUAGGCAGGGUGGUGCAUGCAGAAGUGGCUAGUCUGCUCUGCAUGGUAGGUACCAGGACAGCCAGGUUGCACAGUGAAACUUUAUUUAUCACAAACAAACAAGCAAGCAAGCAAGCAAGCAAGCAAGCAAGCAAGCAAACAAACCAAUCAAAGCCCAGGGAGGGGCAUUCAAGCCAUAGCAUUCUGCCCUGGUCACCAAAAUGCAUCCAGUGACAACUUCAGAAAUCCACAAAAUCUUCACACUCCCAAACUGUGUAAAAGUCCCUGCAAAAACAAGCAAUUAAAACACUCAAACACACAUCCCAUCCUUCUAAGUGCAUAAUGGCGCAGAGUCAACCCAGCACUCCUGUUACAAAAGGAAGAUAUUGGAGCAUAGCUGGGAAACAUGGGGUUAAAGCAAGACUGGAGUCUACCCAGCAGGGCACACAGAGCUGCAACCUGGAGGAUGCAUGUUCAGCAUGAAGCAUGUGGUGUAUUGAUGUACAGCUCAGUGGGCUGGGGUAGCCCUGCUCCUGAGCCUGGCGAUUAGCAGCACACAUGAGCUGUGUCUUGGGGGAGGCGCAUCACCCCCCCCCCCAUUAUUUAAUUCAGAUCACUCCAUACUCCCAAAUAGUGAUGGAUUUAGGGGUUUUGAGGAGAAAGUGGUCCUUGUGAUGAGUACCAGGAAGAGGGGACAGAAAACCUUAGCUAUAUCCACAAUUUAACUCCAAUUCUUGAAAGGACUAGAAACUUACUUAAAACUGCUUCGUUUGUACUGAGUUGUGUGUUACGUUCACUUGUUUAUGCAGCAAAUGUAUAUUCAGAACCAGACACUUACAAUAUGCUGCGUGUACAGCAUUAAAAGUGAUGCUCCCGGUAGUCCAGUGUGGAGACAGCUAUUGAGUUAUUGGCCACAUCAUGCAGUGGUACAUGCCAGAGAGGAGCCCGGGACUGGGAACGCUCAGAUAACUUCAGCAAUGUGGACAUGUGCUAGGGUAGGUUAGCUGUCUACAGGAGACAUGGUUGACCUGAAACUUGGGGAAUUCUUUUGGGAGCCUCCAUGCAGAGAGGUAGAGAUUGCAUUUCUGAACAGAACAAUGCUUAAGGAAGACGGUCACGUGGGCUUUUCCCAGUUAGAAUGGCUAGGGUGAGACAUAUAGGUAGAGAGCAGGAGAGGAGGCUGGGCUGGUGAGCAGGAAACUAUUCUUCCUGGGCUUCAUAUGUUAAUGGAAUUUCAAUGAACUGAAAAUGAAAAACAUUUGAAUUCUGGAGAGAUUGCUGUGGAUGCCAUACUGAAAAAGGAUCAGGGUGCAAUCAGACAGAUUAUUAUAGCAAUUUAUCUCAGAAGGAAAUUGUGCAAAUUUAAUUCAGGUGAUAUUGUGAGGAGGGAGAAGAAAAUAGAUCUUGAGAGAUGAUUUUAUGUUAGAACCAAUACGACUACUAAAUAAUCCCAUUUCUAUUAAUACAAAACAAGUAAAUAAAGACAGACAUGCAGCGGUAAUUAAGGCAGACAUCCUAUUCUGUAACCUAUGCUUGACCAAGAAGACAAUAAGAUAUCAGAGACAAUUGCUGCUUAAACCCCUGUGGUGAAUAUAGCAAUCUGAUCUGAGAACUAUGUCUAGAUACUUUUUACUUAUGUUUAUAGUUUCUUUUAAAAAUGUUUAAUACUUAUUUACUUAUUUAUUUAGUCUGUCUUUUUGAGUAUGUGCACAUGUGUGCCAUGGUGCAUGUUUGGAAGCCAGUGGACCACCCUGUGGAGUUGGUUUCUGUCUUUCUUCCCAGCUGGAUAUGGGGUCUGGGGAUCAAACAGGUCUUAAGGCAUGAUGGCAAGUGCCUUUACCCACUGAGCAAUCCUGCUAGACCAGUGUCUGUUAUUCCUUAAGGAAAUAGUAAACUGACAAGAAGAUAGUUUAAAAGGGGACCAUGCCAAAUCUGUUAGUGAGUUUAUACAGUACAAGAAGAAACUGAUUAAAAUUAAGGUAGAAUCAGAAUGCAGACUGUCAGGGUUACAACAUUAAUAACAAAGAUUGGCAAAGAUUGUACUGGAAAUGCUAUUUUAAUUUCAUUUGGUUAGAACCAAACAACAUGAAACAAGAAUCCCCCCCAAGUCAAGAUAUUAAGUGGCUUGUGGUAAUACAUAGCUGUAGAUGGGAACCCAUAGACCAUCUAGGGCUCUCUGUAGGGUAUCAUGAAACUCCAUGACACUCAGCCUGUUAGAAGAAGAAUGGCUAGUCAGAAAAAAAAAGAGUGAGUAUUCGAAUGUAACAAAGAACUUAUAAAACAUUUGAAAUAUGUAUCAAGAGAUUUUUUUUUUUAGUUCUGUUGGAACAAGGGAAGGAAAUUAACCAUGAAAAAGAAUACUGCAUUCUUUAUGUAACUUACAUAAUAAAUUGUACAUGGAAAUAAUUUGUACAAAAAAUAGCAGAACAUUUAAAGAAUUUGGACAAUGUGCAGGAUACAGAAUCGUAGACAUUUAAGCCACCGCUACUGCUGACCAUCUGCCGUGUGCACAUUCUGAGGGAUUUACAAUGAAAAGUGAGGGCAGGCCUAUCUUCAAGGACCUAGAGGUGUUUGGGAAAAUGAAUUUGCAAGCAUGAAGCUAACUGGUGUCAUCCAGAUCAGCUUACAGCUACUGACUUACGCGUGUAAUGAGGCGACUCCGUUAGAGAGUGGCACUCUGCAUGCUUAGACAAGGAGCAAUUGAUAAUGUCUAGUUAAUUAGAAGGCUUCAGGAAUGAUGAAAAAGAGUCUUAAGAGCUGGUGAUGUGGUCUUAAGGUGGAUUCCGAAGGAUGAAAGUCACUUGAGUUUUCAAGGAAAGGAUAGACUAGUGAAGUAGAGGUAUUGAGCUGUGUGUUUCUGAAAUAUAUAUUGGAAAUUUAGUCUAAUAGCUCAUCUGCCUGCUAUAGUGUUCUUUAAUGGGGUAUUGAAAACAAGAAGGAUUAGGGGAAUAUUAUUUCAAUCAUAUCUAUUGAAUGCCCACCCCCCCCCGCCCCCAAACACUAAAAGCAAUUAGAGAACACGGUGGUCUGUGGAAAAGCAUGGCUCCGGACCUGCUAAGUGACCAGUUCUACAGAGCUCUGUGAUCAAGGUCAGAUCACUUACUUCUGGGGUGCUUUGGUUUAGUAAACUGUAAACGGGAAGUGAUGUAACACAAAACCUUUUUUUUUUUUUUUUAGUUUUAUACAGUUUAUCAUUUCUAAGAACUUUUUAUUUUAAUUAGGUAUUUUCCUCAUUUACAUUUUCAAUGCUAUCCCAAAGGUCCCCCAUACCCACCCCCCCCCCAAUCCCCUACCCACCCACUGCCCCUUUUUGGCCCUGGUGUUCCCCUGUACUGGGGCAUAUAAAGUUUGCAAGUCCAAUGGGCCUUUCUUUGCAGUGAUGGCCGACUAGGCCAUCUUUUGAUACAUAUGCAGCUAAAGACAAGAGCUUCCGGGUACUGGUUAGUUCAUAUUGUUGUUCCACCUAUAGGGUUGCAGUUCCCUUUAGCUCCUUGGGUAAUUUCUCUAGCUCCUCCAUAAGGGGAACACAGAAGUGGAUGAUCACAGUCAGCUAUUGGAUGGGUAACACAAAACCUUUUAACACACACACACACACACACACACACACACACACACACACACACACUCAAUUGUCGAUACUCAGUGAUGUUAUUAUCAAUGCUAAUGAUGUUUAUAUCUUUCUAAAGAACAUUUUAUCAAGUAUCUCAAAAAGCUUUAUUUGUUUUUUUAAAGCAGUUUGUUUUUGUUUUGUUUUGUUUUGUUUUAUUUUAUUUUGAUUCAUGCAGCCCUGGGUGACCAUACACUUGCUAUGUAGGAUGGUCUUAUGUGUACCAGGGUUUUAUUUGUGUGCCUUUCAGGGGGAGGGCAGACGACAGUGUCAGAUCUGCUGGAACUGGAGUUACAGAUAGUUGUGAGCUGCCCCAUAGGUGCUGGGAAUUGAACCCAGGUCUUCUGGGAGAGUAUCCAGUGCUCUUAACUACUGAGACAACCUCCAGCCCUGAUCAUGAACCCUUAAUUCUGCGGUUGGCUCCUUUCAAGUGCUGGGAUUAUAGGUACACACUACCAUAGCUUACCUCCCCAAACCAUUCCGAAAUAUUUCAUAUUUGUGUAUUUCUUAUUGUCUACAUUGAAAAUUGUUUAUAAGGAAGUACAAAGCCAUGCUCAGGUAUUAAGGGGGCAUUCUUUUGCAGCAUGAGAGACUUACUUUAUUUUAAAAUUAUGUGUAUAUGUAUAUGUCACAUGUGUGUAGGUGCCUGAGGAGAGCAGAAGAGGGCAUCAGAUACCCUGGCUUUGGAAUUAGAGGCAAGCUGCCUGCUGUGGGGGUGGGGAACCCAACUCAUGUCCUUUGCAAGAGCAGUGUUGGCUGGUAUCCAGCAUCCAGCUCCUUUAUUGCCUUGCAGGAAGAGUGGACCCAUCCCAAGCCUCACAAACAUCAACAGAUGAUUGGUGAAAUAAAAUUACAAUUUACUUUAAAAAAGAAGUUACAGAGUAAUUGAAAUGAUGCAGAAAUCUACUUCUGAUGUAUGGGGAAAAUGAAUUCUGAAAUUAUAUAUAUAAUAUAUACAUACACACAUACAUAUGUAUAUAUUAUACAUAUACAUAUAUUCAAGAAGGCUAACACACUGAAAUGUUGUGUAUGGUUGAACAGCAGCCUUUAUCUGAUUUUAUAUUCUUCAUUGUGCUCAUCUGAUUAUUUUUCUUAACUUUUUUGAUAGCCUUGAAAAAUCAAACAUUUGAAAAUAGUUCUGGAUCAUUUUGAACACACUUAGUGACGUAGGAACAUGUCUAAGCUUAAAAAGCAUAUUUGAAACUUGUAUGUUAUACAAUCCUGGUUUUGUUGAGACAGUUUAUGUCUACAACUGAGUUUUUCUUCUGUGUUUUGUUUCCUAAAAACAAAAGAGCAUAGCGAAGCAUCUAAGAAGUAAAGCAGCCGAGAGGAGAGAUUGGAUUAGGAUGUGCUCAGAGAAACCUAGUGCCUUCUUUGUGAGAUAAACCGUUUCUUACAGCUGUUUUUGGUUUUGCUCAUUUGCAUUUGCUUUGGCAAUUGGUUUUCUGGAUUGUAAAGGACACAGAGUUUAAUGGCUGAAAAUAGCCAUUGUCUUGCUGACCACCUCUUCGUUUCUCCCCUUUAUCGGAGCUCUGCACCGGCAGUCCUUACAAGGCCCUGGGGCUCUGCAGUGGUGAGCACGUACGAGGUUUUUGGCGCAUGCCCACUUGGAAGAGGCAGCGAGCGCUCAUCUGAACAAACAUACAAUUACAAGUUGUGUUAGCCAUUGGGGGGAAAAUACCUUAAUUCAUGUAUUAUAUAGAGAAGAAUGGAUGUGUGGAUCAGGGGAUAAGUUCAGAUGGGAACACUGGCAAAGGCCUCUAUGAGGAAGUGGUAUGUAAAGCCACCUCUGAGGUGCAAAUAGACAUGAGACACUCAGGAGAAUCUGGAAGAUGAGCUAGGAAGCGUCUGGAGUCUGUCUGGAGACGGUGGCAAGCCAUUGAAGAGGAAGGAGGAAGAUACUUCGGAGGUAUCAGUUGGUGGCUGUGUUUCUAGAUUGUGAUGGAUUAGGUCGGAGGUAGACAGUAGGAGGAACUUGGUAGAUCACAUAGGUGGUAGCCGGGUUUUAUUUGAGGGUGGGUGGGGAGGGAAGGAUUAUUUAGCAUUGGAUGAGUUUACUCUGAGGUCCCUGUCAGAUUCCUCAGUGGAAAAAAACAUUGAUAGGAGGUCUAUUGUUCAUGUGACAUAAGCAUUUGCAAUGGAGACGUGAGUGUCAGACUCUUUGGUCCAUGGAUAGAAGUGGCAGCUCCACAGGUGGAUGAGAUUGCUUGGGGAGAGAAAAUGAGGGUCAGUGGUUGAGUCCUGAUAAUUUUCAAAAUUCUAGAAGCAUUGAGGUGGCAAAGCACUCUAGGAGGGAUGUUUCUCAACAGUAGAAGUCUUGGGGAACAUGGUGUUGGGGAAACCAAGGGAAGAGAGUUUCGAAAAAAAAGUGGGACUGGUGGACUGACUGUAUGGGAGAGCUGAAAGGGUUAGUAAAGCCAUGGGUGACUGGGAAGUGUCAUUGGAUGUGACACUCUGGGUGCUGUAGAGAGAGAGGGUUGCCACAAAACCAGAUCCAGGGCAGUAGUGACAGUGGGAGGCAGAUGGGGUGAGUGAGAGGACUUGGGGAGUGGGGAGAGAGAGAGAGGACGCUUCCCUCUGACAAAGGAGAUUCUAGUUAAUGAUGGUGUCUUAAUAAAGAAGGAGAGAUGACUCAUGUGUGUGUGUGUGUGUGGGGGGGGACUGGUGGUGGAUGGUGGGCUCUUAUGGUGAAUUUGGUGCUUGGUAGCAGGAGGAAUGAGACACAAGUCAGCUCGUGUUAUCUACUGCAAGUGAAUAUGUUCUGGGCGCUGUGCUAAGUGACUGUGAACUGAAUUUCGGACGUGAUCCUCUCCGUCUUACAGAUGAGGGAAACCAAGGUUUAGAAGAGAGGAUCAGGAAGUCUUAAUUCAGGGCUCACACCUUUCUUUCUUUCACUUCGGGACUUUCCUCUGUGAUGGUGUAUUCAAUUUCUCCAGCUGCCACGAAGCACCACAGAUGGAUCUGCUAAAACAGCAGACAUUUAUUUUCUCACAGUUCUGAAGACUUUCAGUUCAAGAUCAAGGUGUUGGCAGACUUGCUUUCUCCUGAGGCCUCUUUCCUCGCCUCACAGAUGGUCACUUUCUCACCUGUCCUCUCUCGGCCUUUCCUCUCCCAUCCCCCAUCCCUGAUGUCGCCUGUGUCCUAAUCUUCUUACAAGGACAGAAGGAAGGUGGUAUUCAAAGAACGCAUUGCUGUAAUGACUUCAUUUGAACCUGGUCACCUCUUUUAAAGGCCUUAUCUCCAGCUACACUCACCUUUUGAGGUUAGAAUUUCAAUUUUGAAUGUGAAGGGAUGCGAUUUAUGACAGAUGACUUCCUACGAAAUAAGGCUUGGCCAGGUCACUGAGAACGUUCUGAAGAUGUAACCUGAGCAGAGUAGAGUGGGAGACUGCUGCGCAUAUGUGGUCCUGAGAUCAGUUGUGUUUGGAGAUGGAUCACAUGCAUUGGAGUCUGCAGUAACAGUGCAGUACAUGUGUGGGGCUAAGAGCAAGACUUCUGAGCUUUGAUGAGGCAUUGGGUCCUCCUGGGAUUAUGAGCCAGACAAAGCAUCCUCUCUUCUGUACAAGGUUGAAAUGCAAAUGAGCUUUAGUUAUAUCUUCAGGACAAUUACAGGUUACUACUUCUCAGAGAUGGUUCUGAUCGUUUUCCUUCCUCCUCCUCUUCUUCAUCUUCAUUGUUUUUUAAGUGCAUGGGUGUUUUGCCCAAAUGUAUGUAAGUGCAUCAUGUAUGUGCCUAGUGCUCAUGGAGGCCAGAAGAGGGCAUCAGGUUCCCUGGCACUGGAGAUAUAGACGGUUGUGAGUGGCCAUGUGGAUGCUUGGAAUCAAAACCAAGUCCUCUGAGAGAGUGGUCAGGGCUUUUAAUUGCUGAGUCAUCUCUCCAGUGCCCUUAUUAUUUUCAAGUAGUUGAAAAGAAAUCUACAAGGGCUGGAAAUUUGUUGGCCUUCCCAAUAUAGAAAGCAAUUUGACCAUUUCCUGACCUGUCCUGUAAGCUGUCUUUCAUGAUUUCGAAUUUGUUCGUCUUUACCCUUUUCUUUCUUCUUUUACCUUCAUUUACUGGUAACUUCCUGAGUAUUUAUUAGGUAUCUAGAAUCUAAGAAUAUAAGCAUCCAUAUAUAUAUGUAUACAUAUGUGUAUAUAUAUAUGUACAUAUACAUAUAUGUGUACAUAUAUAUAUAUAUGUGUGUGUAUACACACACACACACAGACACAGAGAGACAGAGAGACAGAGAGAGAGAGAGAGAGAGAGAGAGAGAGAGAGAACCGUGCGCUAAAGCUGUUCUUAAGUAACUGUUGGGUACCCACUCAGCAUUAGGCAAUGUCUUAAGGUUGGGAUGGAAACAUAAGUAAGAUGCCUUUCAACAUUCACAAUUUUGUAUAGAAAAAUAAACAGGUGAGUGAAUAGAGAUGGCGCUAUGUGAAUAUGUAAACUAUGCAAAGAUCUCAAAGGAGGAAGUGGCCGUAGCGUCUGCUUUCCCCUGCGUGUUUGGAAACUCAUUGAAAGGAGCUGUUACUGCAUCUUAACGGAAGUCUCUAUAAAAAGAGCACCCAUUCAUCUCAUAAACACGUUUGAAUGCUUGCAAUCAUUGUGUAAUGAUGGCUUUAAAGCUCUCAAAUUAUGAGUAAGCCAUUGAGUUGGGGGAUCUCUGACUUUUCGCCUUAUUUCAGCUUAUUGUCCACAUCCCGAACUAUCAACUUCCUUUUUAGGAUGAAUGAUAUUAGUAGAAGGAUGAACGAUAUUCCUGAAAUUCUCCACAGAGACCUGACGAGUAUUAAAACCUGAGAAAAGUCACAGUAGUAAAAUAUCAUUGUGAUAAUAGAAAGUAUAAGCUGGCCUGGCACAUAUAUCAGAUAUUGGGAGCUUAGACCUAUUCAUUAACAUGAGUGUUUCUUGUAAUGUCAUUAUUAAAGUUAUGAUGCAUGACAGGUCAAAGACAUUUGGAAGAAAAUGGAUUUUUGCUGAUUAUGUAAUUGAUAUAUUUUCUGGUAUUACCUAUUUAUAGUUUAUCUCAGAAAAUUUGUUUAUAACCAAAUUCUGUGGAUUAAGUGAAAUAAUAUAUAUUAAAGUUAUCACUGUCUUUGGAGAUGAUGAUAGAGGCCAUCUAUCUGCACUUUGAACUUAUUUGGUUGGGAAAAUGCUGAGAAGCAGAAAGGAGGAAGGGCAAGUGUGAGCCAUGGAACCUGUAGACUUCAGAUCAGCGAUUAGCCCAACAACAGCUGACAAUUGUUUUGAUGUUGUAUAAUGAAUCUUUACUGUGUGCAUGCUGGCUUAAUCGCAGAACUGUCAGAGUGGAAAAAGCACUGGAUCAGAAGUCAGGAGAGCUAAUCGCUACCCACCCCGUGUGCCUCCUUUUCCCACCUUUAAGAUUUUGAAAUGGUAGCGGGAAAGGGCUCUAAGGUUCUCCCUGCUCUGAUAUUUACUGUUCUGUGGUUCUCCGCUGCACACCUGUCAAAAGCAUUUUGACUUUCUUUAAGUUGCUUAAGCCAGCGUUUCGGUUAGCUGCAUCCAGGAGCUUAUACCCACUGGCUGUUGGGAACAGCAAAACCUUGCUUCUCCGGGACUUGAUAUGUCUUCUGCUAACCGCUGACAGUGAGCCAUACCACCUAAAAGGCUCCCCGGGUAGCCUUAAAGAUUGAAAGGACAAACGGACAUUAUUGAGAACUCUGUGGAAGAGGAGACCAGAGAGACGUUGAUCAUCAUGGCUCCUUGGGAUUUGCAAAGAGGAAUGACUAGAGCUGGGCCAUUCACUACAGCCAGGUCAAAGGUCAGGUCAGGAAUGUGGACAAUGCUGGUGACUCCAGUUGCUUCCAAGAUCCGGUACUUGCAGGAAUAUCAUAACCGAGUUCUCCACAACAUUUAUCCCGUACCAUCAGGAACAGAUAUUGCAAACACCCUGAAGUACUUUUCUCAGACCUUGUUAAGCAUUUUGUCCCGCACAGGGAAGAAGGAAAACCAAGAUGCCUCCAAUUUGACAGUGCCCAUGACCAUGUGUCUUUUUCCCGUGCCAUUCCCACUCACCCCAUCUCUAAGACCGCAGGUCAGUUCCAUCAACCCUACUGUUACUCGCUCCCUCCUUUACAGCGUCCUGCGAGAUGCUCCUUCAGAACGCGGCCCGCAAAGUCGUGAUGCUCAGUUGUCAGACUACCCUUCUUUGGACUACCAAGGCCUCUACGUGACUUUGGUGACUCUCCUGGAUCUAGUUCCUUUACUACAGCAUGGCCAACAUGAUCUUGGACAGUCAAUAUUUUAUACGACCACGUGUUUGCUCCCCUUUCUCAAUGAUGAUGUUCUGAGCACUUUGCCCUACACGAUGAUCUCAACGCUAGCCACCUUCCCUCCAUUUCUUCACAAGGAUAUUAUUGAAUAUCUUAGCACAUCUUUUCUACCAAUGGCUAUAUUGGGUUCCUCCGGGAGAGAAGGCGUUCCGGCCCAUGUUAACCUCUCUGCGUCCUCAAUGCUAAUGAUCGCAAUGCAGUACACCUCUAACCCAGUGUAUCAUUGUCAAUUAUUGGAAUGCCUCAUGAAGUAUAAACAAGAAGUCUGGAAAGACCUUUUGUAUGUGAUUGCCUACGGGCCUUCACAGGUGAAGCCUCCAGCAGUACAGAUGCUUUUCCACUAUUGGCCCAACCUGAAGCCUCCCGGAGCAAUAAGCGAGUACAGGGGCUUACAGUACACAGCUUGGAAUCCCAUCCACUGCCAGCAUAUCGAAUGUCACAAUGCAAUCAACAAGCCGGCUGUGAAGAUGUGUAUAGACCCGUCCUUGUCCGUAGCUUUGGGUGAUAAGCCACCUCCACUGUAUCUCUGUGAGGAAUGCAGCGAGAGGAUUUCAGGGGACCACAGCGAGUGGUUGAUUGAUGUUCUCCUGCCACAAGCUGAAAUAUCUGCUAUAUGUCAGAAAAAGAACUGCAGCUCCCAUGUCAGAAGGGCAGUGGUCACCUGCUUUUCCGCAGGGUGCUGCGGUCGCCACGGAAACAGGCCUGUUCGGUACUGCAAAAGGUGCCACUCGAACCACCACAGUAACGAGGUGGGAGCCACCGCAGAAACUCACCUCUACCAGACCUCUCCACCCCCCAUCAACACCAGGGAGUGUGGGGCGGAGGAGCUGGUCUGUGCUGUGGAGGCAGUGAUCAGCUUGUUGAAAGAAGCAGAGUUCCACGCAGAGCAGAGGGAGCACGAGUUGAACCGGCGGCGGCAGCUGGGCCUCUCGUCCUCCCACCACUCCCUGGACAACACUGAUUUUGAUAACAAAGAUGAUGACAAGCACGACCAGAGGCUGCUCAGCCAAUUCGGGAUAUGGUUCUUAGUGAGCCUCUGCACACCCAGCGAGAACACGCCCACAGAGAGCCUGGCCCGGCUGGUGGCUAUGGUAUUUCAGUGGUUUCAUUCCACGGCGUACAUGAUGGAUGAUGAAGUUGGAAGCUUGGUGGAAAAGCUGAAGCCCCAGUUUGUCACCAAGUGGUUGAAGACAGUAUGUGAUGUCCGAUUUGAUGUCAUGGUCAUGUGCCUUCUUCCCAAACCCAUGGAAUUUGCCAGGGUCGGUGGGUACUGGGACAAGUCCUGUAGCACGGUGACUCAGUUAAAGGAAGGUCUCAACAGGAUCCUCUGCCUGAUCCCUUACAAUGUCAUCAGCCAGUCUGUGUGGGAGUGCAUUAUGCCUGAAUGGCUGGAAGCCAUCCGGACAGAAGUCCCUGACAACCAGUUAAAGGAAUUCAGGGAAGUAUUAAGCAAAAUGUUUGACAUAGAGCUGUGCCCUCUGCCGUUUUCAAUGGAAGAGAUGUUUGGUUUUAUUAGCUGUCGGUUUACAGGAUAUCCCUCCACUGUGCAGGAGCAAGCGCUACUCUGGCUUCACGUGUUAUCGGAGUUAGAUAUCACGGUUCCACUCCAACUCUUGAUAAGUAUGUUUUCUGAUGGUGUUAAUUCUGUCAAAGAAUUGGCAAAUCAAAGAAAAUCAAGAGCCAAUGAACUGGCGGGGAACCUCGCAUCUCGAAGGGUGAGUGUCGCCUCUGAUCCUGGUCGACGAGGUCAGCACAAUACGUUGAGUCCAUUUCAUAGCCCUUUCCAGAGUCCGUUCCGGAGUCCCAUGCGUAGUCCAUUCCGUAGCCCCUUCAAGAACUUUGGACACCCAGGAGGAAGGACUAUUGAUUUUGAUUGUGAAGAUGAUGACAUGAAUCUAAAUUGUUUCAUCCUCAUGUUUGACCUUCUCCUAAAGCAGAUGGAGCUACAAGAUGACGGCAUCACGAUGGGUUUAGAGCACAGUUUGUCCAAGGACAUUAUUUCUAUCAUAAACAAUGUCUUCCAGGCCCCCUGGGGGGGCUCCCACAGCUGCCAGAAGGACAAAAAGGCAACGGAGUGUAACUUGUGUCAGUCUAGCAUCCUCUGCUACCAGCUCGCCUGUGAACUCCUGGAGAGACUAGCUCCCAAAGAAGAAAGCCGGCUGGUGGAGCCCACAGACAGCCUUGAAGAUAGCCUCCUUUCUUCCAGACCAGAGUUCAUUUUAGGCCCUGAAGGAGAGGAGGAGGAGAACCCAGCAGCCAAACAUGGAGAGAAUCCAGGCAACCGUACAGUGCCCUCAGAACAUGCUGCAAUAAAGAAUGACACGGAAAGAAAAUUUUGCUACCAACAGCUUCCAGUUACAUUGAGACUAAUAUAUACCAUUUUCCAGGAAAUGGCGAAGUUUGAAGAGCCAGAUAUUCUUUUUAAUAUGCUCAACUGCCUGAAGAUUCUCUGUCUGCACGGAGAGUGUCUGUACACGGCGAGGAAAGACCAUCCUCAAUUUUUAGCCUACAUUCAGGACCACAUGUUGAUUGCAAGCCUCUGGAGAGUCGUCAAAUCUGAGUUCUCUCAGCUGUCUUCACUGGCAGUUCCUCUCCUUCUUCACGCUCUGUCCCUUCCUCAUGGUGCUGACAUAUUCUGGACAAUCAUAAAUGGCAACUUCAACAGCAAAGACUGGAAGAUGAGGUUUGAAGCAGUGGAAAAAGUAGCUGUCAUUUGUAGGUUUUUGGAUAUUCACUCAGUGACCAAAAACCACCUGCUGAAGUACUCUCUGGCACACGCUUUCUGCUGCUUCCUGACAGCUGUGGAGGAUGUCAAUCCCGCAGUAGCCACCAGAGCAGGUCUCCUCCUUGACACCAUAAAGAGGCCAGCACUGCAGGGCCUUUGUCUUUGCCUUGACUUCCAGUUCGACACUGUGGUUAAAGACCGACCCACCAUCCUGAGCAAGCUUUUACUCUUGCAUUUUCUUAAGCAAGACAUUCCUGCUUUGAGCUGGGAGUUCUUUGUUAACAGAUUUGAGACACUUUCUUUGGAAGCUCAGCUGCAUCUAGAUUGUAACAAAGAAUUUCCUUUUCCUACAACCAUCACUGCUGUGAGAACCAAUGUUGCCAACCUCAGUGAUGCUGCCUUGUGGAAGAUCAAGAGAGCACGUUUUGCAAGAAACAGACAGAAGAGUGUGCGGUCCCUGAGAGACAGUGUGAAAGGGCCCGCCGAAUCCAAGAGGGCGCUCUCCCUCCCUGAGACCCUGACCUCCAAAAUCCCUGUGAGGUUGACCAGGCAUGAGCAGUCUGCUCCGGCUCUCGGUGGGACACCUGAACAGACGCCAGGACAACAGUCUCCAGAAAACGACAACACCAUCAAGGACCUGCUCCCAGAAGAUGCUGGCAUUGAUCACCAGACCGUUCACCAGCUGAUCACAGUGCUCAUGAAGUUCAUGGCCAGGGAUGAAAGCAGUGCGGAGUCAGAUAUCAGCAGCGCAAAGGCCUUCAACACAGUCAAGAGGCACCUCUAUGUUUUACUUGGCUAUGACCAGCAGGAAGGAUGCUUCAUGAUCGCACCCCAAAAAAUGCGCCUGUCAACAUGCUUUAAUGCAUUUAUUGCAGGAAUUGCCCAAGUUAUGGACUAUAACAUUAACUUGGGCAAACACCUUCUCCCCCUCGUGGUUCAGGUGCUCAAAUACUGCUCUUGUCCUCAACUCCGGCAUUAUUUCCAACAGCCACCUCGCUGCUCCCUCUGGUCCCUAAAGCCUCACAUCAGGCAGAUGUGGUUGAAGGCCUUGCUCGUCAUCCUUUACAAGUAUCCGUACAGAGACUGUGAUGUCAGCAAGACCCUGCUGCACCUGAUUCACAUAACAGUGAAUACACUCAAUGCGCAGUACCAUAGCUGCAAGCCCCACGCCACGGCAGGACCGCUGUACACUGACAACAGCAACAUAAGCAGAUACAGCGAGAAGGAGAAAGAAGAAGAUAGUGUUUUUGAUGAAUCUGAUAUUCAUGAUACACCUACUGGACCCUGCAAUAAAGAGUCUCAAACUUUUUUUGCAAGAUUGAAAAGGAUAGGCGGCAGCAGGAUGGUGAAAGGCCAGCCAGUUGGGAUGAAUGUGCAGAGAAGUGAAAUAGAACUGGCCGAAUAUAGAGAAACGGGUGCGUUACAAGACAGCGUUCUACACUGUGUGAGAGAAGAAAGCAUUCAGAAAAAAAAGCUACGCUCUUUAAAACAAAAAUCUCUUGAUAUAGGGAAUGCAGACUCCCUCUUGUUUACAUUAGAUGAGCAUCGUAGGAAGUCCUGCAUAGAUCGAUGUGACAUAGAUAAACCUCCUGCCCAAGCUGCUUAUAUCUCACAACGGCAAAACGACCACCAUGGACGGUCUAGACAGAAUUCUGCGACGAGGCCCGACAAUACUGAAAUCCCCAAGAAUCCAGGCACCGAAGGUUUUCAAGAAAUUCGAAGGCCGGUGAUACCAGAGGUUAGGUUGAACUGCAUGGAGACGUUUGAAGUGAGAGUUGAUUCCCCAGGAAAGCCUGCUCCUAGGGAGGAUUUAGAUCUGAUAGAUCUGUCCUCAGACUCAACAUCUGGGCCAGAGAAACACUCUAUACUGUCCACAUCCGACAGUGACUCUCUGGUGUUUGAGCCUCUCCCACCUCUCAGAAUAGUCGAAAGUGAUGAAGAAGAAGAGAUGAUGAACCAAGGGAAUGGUGGUGCCUUGGGUAACAAUGCUGCCUCCUCCCCCUCCAUCCCCAGCCAGCCCUCUGUCCUCAGCCUGAGCACAACUCCUCUUGUGCAGGUGAGUGUAGAGGAUUGCUCCAAAGACUUUUCUUCCAAGGACUCAGGAAACCACCAGUCGGCGAGCAAUGAAGAUUCUACUAUCGCAGCUCUGGACGACCUCACGGACUCUGAAGAGCUGUCAAAGUCAGAGGAGCUGAGAGAGUUUGCCUCUGGCAGUCCGCUAACGCUCAAGCAAAAACGAGACCUCCUUCAGAAGUCGUCUGCCGUCCCUGAGAUGUCAGUGGACUAUAACCCCGAACCCAGCCCGGCUGAAGAAAAGCCAGGGCAGACGCCAACAUCAGGGGUCAAAACUGUGCUCCUCAAAGUUCCCGAAGAUGGUGAGAAUCUUAUAGAGAGCGAGAAACCCAACACCAGUGCCGAGUCUGACACAGAACAGAACCCUGAAAGGAAGGUAGAGGAGGAUGGAGCCGAGGAAUCAGAAUUUAAGAUUCAGAUCGUCCCCAGGCAGAGGAAACAAAGGAAGAUUGCCGUCAGCGCUAUCCAGAGAGAGUACCUUGACAUCUCCUUCAACAUCCUAGACAAACUGGGUGAACAGAAGGACCCAGUAUUUCCAUUUGCAGAUCCCUCUGCUAAAGGACUUUCAACGUUGGAAAUGCCACGGGAAUCUUCCUCUGCCCCUACGUUAGAAGCAGGUGCCCCUGAAACCAGCAGUCACUCAUCAAUAUCAACUCAGUAUAGGCAGAUGAAAAGGGGAUCCCUGGGAGUUCUGACAAUGAGCCAGUUAAUGAAGCGACAGCUGGAGCACCAGUCUAGCGCCCCCCAUAACAUCAGCAGCUGGGACACUGAACAGAUACAGCCCGGGAAGCGGCAGUGUAACGUGCCAAUGUGCCUAAACCCUGACCUGGAGGGACAGCCAUUGAGGACAAGAGGUGCCACGAAAUCCAGCCUGCUGUCAGCACCCAGCAUAGCCAGCAUGUUCGUGCCUGCACCUGAAGAAUUCACAGAGGAGCAGCCAACCGUGAUGGCCGACAAAUGCCAUGACUGUGGGGCCAUUCUGGAGGAAUAUGACGAGGAGACCCUCGGGCUAGCCAUCGUGGUCCUCUCCACGUUCAUUCACCUAAGCCCAGACUUGGCGGCGCCGCUGUUGCUUGAUAUCAUGCAGUCUGUGGGAAGGCUCGCAUCCAGCACUACCUUUUCUAAUCAAGCAGAAAGCAUGAUGGUUCCAGGCAAUGCAGCAGGUGUGGCCAAGCAGUUCCUGCGCUGCAUCUUCCAUCAGCUGGCCCCCAAUGGCAUCUUCCCUCAGCUCUUCCAGAGUGCCAUCAAAGAUGGGACUUUUUUAAGGACCUUAGCCACAUCUCUCAUGGACUUCAACGAGCUGAGCUCAAUUGCUGCCCUCAGUCAGCUCUUGGAGGGUCUAAAUAACAAAAAGAAUUUACCAGCAGGGGGUGCUAUGAUACGCUGUUUGGAAAACAUUGCCACGUUCAUGGAAGCUCUGCCCAUGGAUUCUCCUAGUAGUCUCUGGACCACAAUCAGCAACCAGUUUCAGACAUUUUUUGCCAAGCUGCCUUGUGUUUUACCUCUGAAGUGUUCUUUAGAUUCCAGUUUGAGAAUUAUGAUUUGCCUCUUGAAGAUACCUUCCACCAAUGCCACGAGGAGUUUGUUGGAGCCAUUUUCCAAGCUACUGAGCUUUGUCAUUCAGAAUGCAGUCUUCACGCUGGCCUACCUCGUGGAGUUGUGUGGUUUGUGCUACCGAGCGUUCACAAAGGAGAGGGAUAAGUUCUACUUGUCUCGGAGUGUUGUUCUGGAACUUCUACAGGCCCUGAAGCUCAAGUCACCUUUGCCAGACACAAACCUCCUGCUGCUUGUCCAGUUUAUCUGUGCAGAUGCUGGAACCAAGCUAGCUGAGUCUACCAUCCUAAGCAAGCAGAUGAUCGCCUCUGUGCCCGGGUGUGGGACGGCAGCAAUGGAGUGCAUACGGCAGUACGUCAGUGAGGUGCUGGAAUUCAUGGCUGACAUGCACACACUAACCAAGCUCAAGAGCCACAUGAAGACGUGCUCCCAGCCUCUGCACGAGGAUACCUUCGGAGGCCAUCUCAAAGUUGGCCUAGCUCAGAUUGCAGCUAUGGAAAUCUCCCGGGGCAACCACAGAGAUAACAAAGCCGUGAUCCGAUAUCUGCCUUGGCUCUACCAUCCUCCCUCUGCAAUGCAGCAAGGACCUAAAGAAUUCAUCGAGUGUGUCUCCCACAUCCGGUUGCUGUCCUGGCUGCUUCUGGGAUCCCUCACGCAUAAUGCAGUCUGUCCCAACGCCUCCUCUCCAUGCCUUCCCAUACCUCUGGAUGCAGGUUCCCACAUUGCAGACCACCUUAUUGUUAUCCUAAUUGGAUUUCCAGAGCAAUCAAAGACCUGCGUGCUCCACAUGUGCUCCCUCUUCCACGCGUUCAUCUUUGCCCAGCUCUGGACGGUCUACUGCGAACAGAGUGCCGUGGCGACGAACGUCCAAAAUCAGAACGAAUUCAGCUUCACAGCAAUACUAACAGCACUGGAAUUCUGGAGCAGGGUGACACCGAGCAUCCUUCAACUGAUGGCCCACAAUAAAGUGAUGGUAGAAAUGGUGUGUCUCCAUGUGAUUAGUUUAAUGGAGGCGUUGCAAGAAUGCAAUUCAACCAUUUUUGUCAAGCUGAUCCCUAUGUGGUUACCAAUGAUUCAGUCCAAUACCAAGCACUUAUCCGCUGGCCUCCAGCUUCGUCUCCAGGCCAUUCAGAACAACGUGAACCACCACAGCCUAAGGACGCUGCCCGGCUCGGGCCAGAGCAGUGCUGGCCUAGCAGCCCUCCGGAAAUGGCUGCAGUGCACCCAGUUCAAAAUGGCCCAGGUGGAGAUCCAGUCCUCGGAAGCAGCGUCUCAAUUUUAUCCUCUAUGAGUGGACUCCUCGGCUCCAGUGUCAACACGCUGGCUUAGCAAUAAUGGGUAUAAAAAACAAACAAUUUGAUCCAAGCAGGUUGGGGAACCUUGGUACUGUACUCUCUUUCUAGUUUAGUAUAAAGACGUGCAAAGGCCGGAGAGGGCCACAAACGAAGCUUUCUUGCUACACAUAUUUCUGAUGACUCCUUGGGCUAUCUGAUUAAGUGUUUCCUUACAUUAUUUUUUAAGAAAAAAAAAAAAACAAAACAAAACCAAAAUCAUUUUUCUUUAUCUAACUUCUAUUUUUUUUAAGAAAAAAAAAUAGACUGGUGGGUACUCACAGAAAAGUUGUAUAAAGUCCCCCUGUUGCUAUUUUUGAUGAUAGAGAAUAAAUAGGGUUUUUGAAACCUUUGUAGUGUUUUUUCUUAAAAAUCUACUCUUGGAAAUGCAAUAAAACAAAAACAAAAACCAAACUCAAGUCACCAGAAUCCAGUGACACUUGACCGAAGCUUUUUGUCAUCAUCCCUAGAAAAAGAGGCAGCUUGCAAGGGACAUUACGAAGUGCGCUUAGAAAUUAGGUGGCUAAACUGUGCAAAUUGUUUUUCUGUUUUUAAUACACUUUCCCAAAACCGUC